AUGAAAAGUCUUUUUCUGGAUACGCAGAAAUCUACACACGAGUCUUUACGUGCUGAUAGUUUUGUGGAUGUGCAUUCUGUUAUCAACAAAUGUGUCGUGGGAGAAGUAGUGCAGCCAGAAACAUCCUUCAUAUGGGCCGAUAGGAAAAUGACACAGGAUGAACAACCUAUAAAAGAUAGUGUUGGGGCUGCAUUUGGUUCUUUCAUGCGUACAAAUCUAGAAGGAGAAUCAGUGUUGCGCUUUUACUGGCUUGAUGCGUUCGAAGAUCCUGUUAAAAUACCAGGAACGGUUUUUCUUUUUGGUCGGUUGAUUAACGGCGGUAUUUCCGAAAGCUGCUGCGUGAUUGUCAAAAAUAUAUGGCGACAAGUUUUUUUCUUACCUCGUGAAAAGCACCUAGUAAGCGAAGUACAAACUGAUGAAGUGGAUUUAAUGCAAGUCAAUGAAGAAGUCCAACAAAUACUCAAAUCGAUGGGUGUUAAAGUUGUGAAAUGCAAGCCAUGUGAGAAGAAAUUUGCAUACAACGAUGGAGUCGUGCCGAAGAAUGCUCAAGUGCUUGAAGUGCAUUAUAGUUUUAAUGAUCAGCGAUUGUCAAUGGAUCUUAGUGGAAAAACAUUUAGCCAUGUUUUUAAUACAACUGCUAAUGCUAUGGAAAUAUUGUUGAUUGAAACGGGCAUGAAAGGACCCUCGUGGAUAGAAAUUUCUGGCUGCUAUGUCUCUUCAGUUCAAGUAAGUUAUGUCAAACAUGAAUUUGUGGUUGAUAUGGAACGAAUGAAAUCGAUUUCCGUAGUUGAUUGUUCAGACCCACCGCCGGAAAUGAGUUUGUUAACAAUGAAUGUAAUUACAGCUGUCAAUCAUAAGAAAGAAAGCGAGAUUGUUUCAAUCUCCUGCAUAUUUGACCGAAAAUGCACAGUUGCAAAUCCAACUUUAAAUAGAAAUCUUUUGGAACGUUUCUGCAUUCUUACAAAACCAACCCUUUCUGCUUAUCCAUUUGAUUUUAAAAUAAGUCUGAAACAAAUCGGGAUGGAUACUGUUGUUUACGAAACAGCGAAUGAGCGUCAUUUACUUAAUCAUUUCUUGUGUAAGUUGCAAAAUUUGGAUCCCGAUGCAUAUGCAGGACAUGAUUUAACGGCUCAAUUUACUAUUUUGUCCUCACGUCUGGAAAAACUGGGUAUCACUCAUUGGUCACGUUUGGGCCGUUUGAAGCGCUCAGUUACAGUUAGACAGGCAACUCAUACGAAAACUUCACAGUGGGAAUUGACAGCUGGACGUUUAGUUCUAGAUAGCAGAUUAUCAGCUAUGGAAUUGGUGAGAAUGCGAAGCUAUGACCUAUCUGAUCUAUCAUCUGAUUUACUUGGAAUAAAUGAUCACUUUGUGAUGAAAGAAAACAUAUCCACAUACUUUGCGAAUUCAGCGCAAUUAAUCAGAUUUAUCAAUAAUACUUGGACGGAUGCUUGGUUAUCCCUUGCUGUUAUCGUUGAACUCAAUGCUCUGCCAUUAUUUAUUCAAAUUACAAAAAUUGUGGGUGGUGUCUUGUCGAGAACAAUGUUGGGUGGACGAGCAGAACGAAACGAAUAUUUAUUACUGCAUGCAUUCAGCAGUGCUGGUUAUGUGGCACCAAAUAAGUAUCAAGAUUUCAAGAAAAAGAAACAGUCUGGAUUGGAAGAUACCAAGAUUGUAGACAAUCAUCCGAAAGAUCAUAAGGAAAUGCCGUACAAUCACAAGGGACAGUAUGUAGGUGGUUUAGUGUUGGACCCGAAGAUAGGCUUAUAUGACACAUUCAUAUUACUAUUGGACUUCAAUAGUUUAUAUCCAAGUAUCAUUCAGGAAUAUAACAUUUGUUUUACCACUGUUGAUAUGUCCAAAAAGGACGAAAAUGAAAUCCCAGAACUUCCUAGUGAUACAGUUGAAGGUAUACUUCCUCGAGAAAUUCGAUCUUUAGUGGAAAGGAGACGUGAUGUGAAAAAAAUGAUGAAAUCUGAAAAACUUACGGAGCAACAAAGACAGCAGUAUAAUAUUCGUCAAAUGGGAUUAAAACUAACAGCUAACAGCAUUUACGGAUGUCUUGGAUUCCAACAAUCCCGUUUUUAUGCGAAACCACUUGCUGCACUGAUAACAGCCCAAGGGCGCGAAAUUCUUAUGCACACGAAGGAUUUGGUCGAGAAGAAUGGUUAUUCUGUUAUUUACGGUGAUACUGAUUCAGUUAUGAUCAAUACUGGAUUCUCAAAACUGUCGGAACUACAGCGUGUAAAAAAAUUGGGAAACGAUAUCAAAAAAAUUAUAAACCAGUCUUAUAAAAAACUGGAAAUUGAUAUCGAUGGCAUAUUUCUGAAGUUAUUAUUGCUAAAAAAAAAAAAGUACGCUGGCUUAGCAGUAGAUCUGAAUGAUGAGAAGAAAACAAAACGUGAAAUUAAGGGUCUGGACAUUGUUCGCCGCGAUUAUUCAUUUAUUGUAAAGCAGAUUGGAAACGAAAUAUUGGAUAUAAUCCUAUCAGUGCAAUCACAAAAUCGCGAUGAAAUCAUCGAACAAAUUCACGGUCAUCUGCGGAAACUGAAGGAAGACAUAGCACAGGAACUGUUGGAAAUUUCAAUGUUUCAGAUCUUUAAGCAACUAACUCGGAAGCCCGACGAGUAUGCAAAUAUCAUUGUUCAGCCUCACGCAAUUGUUGCUCAGCGACUGAAUGCGACCGGGAAAUUUAAAUUUCAUCGGGGUGAUACGAUUGGCUAUAUAAUUUGUGAGGAUGGUAGUGGAAAAUCGGCUGCUCAGCGUGCUUACCAUUUAACAGAAAUUCAGGAAAAUAAGAACCUUAAAGUUGAUUUUCAUUAUUAUCUGGUGCAGCAAAUUCUUCCAGUUGUAACGAGGCUGUGUGUUUCAAUCGAAGGAUGUAAUGAAGCGUGGAUAGCACAAGCACUGGGUCUCGAUAGUUUGGCUUAUCGGAAACGUGCUAUAUAUGAGGAAAAUGUGGAUACGGAAGAGCAGCCCCUGUAUUUUUCACACUGCACUUUUGAGUGUUGUGAAUCGUUUAAGUUCCUGUGUCCAAACGAGGGCUGUGGACAUGUGUUCCUUGUUCGUGAAUGCGUGAUGCAAGAUGAUAACAAUGAGCAAAAACUAUGGUUAAGCGAGUGUUCCGCUUGUCACAAUUCUUUGUUAUAUUUUGGUGCAUAUUUAUACAAUCAGUUGCAACUAACCCUUGACAAUGUGGUUUCUGACUAUUACAAGAUUUCAUAUAUAUGUGAUGAUAUUGGCUGCGCAUAUCGUACGCGCACAUUAGUUUUGGUAUGGACAAGAGAGGGUGUUCGAUGUCCGAAAUGCAAAAAUGGAUUCAUGAGAAGAGAGUACUCAUCAAAAAGGCUUUAUGAACAGUUGAUUUUCUUUCAAAAAUUGUUCGAUGUGACGAAGGCAAUAGAUAACUUUACAGAAGAACAGAGAAUGAAGUUACGAUGUCGAAGUGAUUGGAAGGAAGCUAAUGCUCUCCUUGCUGGACUACUCUCAUUAUGUGAUCAAUAUAUCGCUGACAACCAAUACAAUCGCGUGUCACUUUCAUGCUUGUUUUCUACUAUGAGACCAUUGUAA